AACCAGUUGAGAGAGAAAGAGAUGAAUCUGGACCGCGAAACCCAUAAAACCUUCUCUUUUCACCCUUUUGCCGCUCUCUAACGAUUUUCAUUUUCGCGAACACAAACCCUAAGCCACAACCAGAUCUGUAUUCCUAUAUCUCCAAUUUCAUCUCCAGAUUCAUUAUCCAUACCAAUCUAAUCAGCCGGUUAAUGGUGGCGAGGCUUCGAUUUUCUACGAAUUUGGGGCUCCUUUAUUCUAGUUGUUGUUAUCUUUGUUAGUAUAUUCCUUAUGAAUAAUGGAGGACGUAGAAGUAGAAGAAGUGGAAACUGAACAAGAGUCAUUACCGCCGCCACCACCACUACCACUACCACCCUCGCCGCCACCGCCACCUCCACCGUGCUUUCUUGCGGUUACGGAUGGGAACGCCAACGACGUUUCUCAAUUGGAACUGAAGCGUCACCGUGACUGCAUUCUUGAAGAACAAGAUCCUGAAUCGGAUCAAUUUCCAUACAAGAAGCAAGCCAAAGAAGUUUCCAAUGACGACAUACGCUCCGAGGUCACCAAUCCAAUCGCUUCGCACCAUUCUACUUUUCAUGACAUAACUAGCCAACCAGCUCUCUUGCCAGCUGAUAAUGAUGCUGCUGCUGCUGCUGUUGCCACUAAUUAUAAUCAAUCCGAAUGCGGCGAAAUCACUUCCACAUGUUCGGGGAAUUCUACUUCUGAGGAGACUUUGAGCGAAGAGCGUUGUGCGAGCGGUGGUAGUCGUAGCGGCAAUGGCAGCGAAACUUGUCGGGUUGAAAAUGAUGUUAUCACUUCUCGUGUUGUAUUGGAGAUUCCCGAGCAUGUUGCUUUGUCUGGAAUUCGAAAAAUCACCCUUAAGUUGAGUAAAAGAAAGGACCCUUCUUUAUCGACUGCACAGCACCACCAACGAACCAGUGGUUUCGAUACACUAUCAUCUUCAUAUGAGAUGCCUGAAUGUUCCGACCGCAGAGGCUAUGCUGACACUAGCAAUUUUCAGUUAUGUGCUCCUAAUUUGGAAUUGAAAAUGUCUAAGAAGGUACUCCCAAGCAACUACCCUACAAAUGUUAAAAAGCUAUUAUCGACUGGUAUUAUUGAUGGUGCGAGAGUCAAGUAUGUUUCGAGCUCGUCCGAGAAACAACUACAGGGGAUUAUAAGUGGUGGUGGGUAUUUGUGUGGUUGCUCGUCGUGCGACUUCACAAGUGUACUCAGUGCUUACGAGUUUGAGCAGCAUGCUGGUGUCAAGACUCGACAUCCUAAUAAUCACAUAUAUUUGGAGAAUGGGAGACCGAUUUAUAGCAUCAUACAAGAAUUGAAGACUGCACCUGUUGGCCUACUCGACGAAGUCAUAAAAGAUUUGGCUGGUACAUCCGUCAAUGAGGAGUAUUUCAACAUCUGGAAAGCAACUCUGCGACAAAGUGAUGGAGAUGCUGAAGUGGGUAAAAGGCAUCAGAUGAAUAUUCCCAGAUUGCCACAUUCACUUGUAGGGUCCUCUGUUCCAGCUUUAGAAGAAAGUGUUAGCCCUGCAUCAUGUUCCUUUCCACCCAGCAGCACAAAAUGGCCUAUUUAUGGAGGAACAACAGAAGAGCCGAAACGCAUAAUGAAUAAAUCAAUCUCCCAUGUUUCUAAAUCAGUAAUGCAACAUAAGAAAACUGCUGAAGGGGGCACUAGGAGAAGGGAUAAUGAUCUUCACCGGUUACUCUUUUUGCCAAAUGGACUUCCAGAUGGUGCCGAGUUGGCAUACUAUGUGAAGGGACAGAGGAUACUUGGUGGCUACAAGCAGGGAAAUGGUAUAUUCUGCAAUUGCUGUAAUAGAGAGGUCAGUCCUUCCCAGUUUGAAGCUCAUGCUGGAAUGGCUGCCAGGCGUCAACCCUACCGUCACAUUUAUACGUCCAAUGGACUGACGCUGCAUGAUAUAGCAAUUUCAUUGGCUAGUGGGCAAAGCCUUACAACUGGUGAUAGUGAUGACAUGUGUGCGGUUUGUGGAGGUGGCGGUGAUCUAAUAUUAUGUCACGGAUGCCCUCGCGCUUUCCAUGCAGCUUGUUUGGACUCAACGCUGGUUCCACAAAAUAAUUGGUAUUGUCCAAAUUGUAGAGAUAAGUGUGAUUCUGGUAGAAAGACAGCUGCUGGAGAACCGUCCAGCAUUUCAAGACCAAUUGUAAUCAGGUUGACACGAGUCGUUAAGGCACCUGAAAUUGAAAUUGGCGGUUGCGUUGUGUGCAGGGCCCACGAUUUCAGUUCAGCUAAAUUUGAUGAGCGAACAGUUAUGCUGUGUGACCAAUGUGAGAAGGAAUUUCAUGUUGGCUGCUUGCGUAGAAGUGGACUGUGCGAUUUAAAAGAACUCCCAAAAGACAAGUGGUUUUGCUGUGAUGACUGCAGUAGAAUUCAUAUAGCUCUACAAAAUUCGGUAUCACUUGGACCCAAGAUUGUUCCAGCUUCAUUAUCACAUAUCAUACUUAAGAAGCAUGCAGAUAAAGGAUUGUUUAUUGAUGGGGCAGAGGAUGAUAUUCAAUGGCGAAUUCUAAGUGGAAAAAGUCGAUAUCCAGAACAUCUGCCAUUUCUGUCAAGGUCUGCUGCUAUUUUCCGGGAGUGUUUUGAUCCUAUUGUAGCAAGAUCUGGUCGUGAUUUGAUUCCUGUUAUGGUGUAUGGAAGAAACAUUUCUGGUCAAGAGUUUGGAGGAAUGUACUGUGUAGUUUUAACUGUGAGGUCUAUUGUUGUAUCAGCUGGUCUUCUUAGGAUAUUUGGUCGUGAGGUAGCCGAGCUUCCCAUAGUGGCGACAACUAGAGAACAUCAAGGGAAAGGCUAUUUCCAAGUAUUAUUUUCAUGUAUAGAGAAGUUGUUGGUUUCCCUGAAUGUGGAAAACAUUGUGCUUCCUGCUGCUGAGGAAGCAGAGUCAAUCUGGACAAACAAGUUUGGAUUCACAAAGAUGAGUGAUGAUCGACUGUCAAAGUAUAUGAGAGAGGUGCAGUUUACAAUUUUCAAGGGAACAUCCAUGCUGGAAAAGGCAGUGCAGCAGCAGCAACAACACAUAAUAAUACCACCAGAAUAGCUUAGCUUUUCAUUAUUAUUAUUUUUUGAAAAUUAUUUUCUUUUGUUUGUGAAAUCCUUUCAUUUCAUUUCCUUCUCUGUAAUAUUGGUUUUGUUUCGUUAGAGCAAAAGAGUGAGCAUCUGAGUUGGGUUGGGAAUAGAGGUAGCAGGAGAAAAGAGAUGUAUUUUGUAAAAAAAAAAAAAAAGAAGAGAUGAGAGCUGUGCGUGCUGACUUUUUAUAAUGCAUGCUUUAGCUGUA